GGUUAAAAAUCUGCCAAUCUACCGCGACUAGCGGGCCCCCUUGCCCUGGAAUUAACGUACCUGGUGGCACGUCGUUGGGUGGAAGCCACGGACGGACGAAAGGAUCGUGGCAGCGCGGACAAAGCAGACGCCGACCCACAGCCACAGUAGCAGUAGCAUCUCGAGCAUCUCGCUACCAUGACCACGUCAGACGGUGAGUCUCCUGCCUCCUCAGCCAUCCUCCCCGUGAUCCCUCUGACGCGGCGGUUACAUUCAUUCUGCAGACGAAAUGUUUGGGACCGGAUCCCCCACUGUCUCCGACUCUGACUCGGACACCGUCAAGGAGGAGAAUGUCAGUAGCAAGAAGCGCAAGCUCAGUGGUGGCUCUCGUAGCAAGAGCAAGAGCAAGCAGGCCAAGCGCGCUGCCAAUGACGACGAUGACGAGAAGAAGCCCAAGUCAGCGUUCAUCGAAGACAUGGCGUCCGAGAGUGAAGAUGGAGAGGGAGGCGACUCAGACGAUGAUGACGACGAAGAUGAGGACGAAGGAGAGGACCGCAAUGAAUACGAGAAUGAUGGGUUCGUGGUGGACGAUGAGGGCUCCGACGAGGAAGAGAUCGGUAAGCUCAUGCCCUUUUAGGACUUAUCUACGUGGUUGUAAAAGAGAGUUACACUCACCUCCGCUGCUUCAUUGUCGCCAGCUCGCCACCGCCGUCGUCGUCGUAAGAAAGAGAAAAAGCUCAAGCGUCUUAAACAGAAGGUGGAGGAGAUCGACGACGAGGAUCUCAUGCUGGUGCGCGAGAACAUGGGCAUGGACACAGGUCCGACGCGCAGUGACAGCGAAGAUGAAGACAUGGGACGCUCGUCCCGUAAGGUGAAGACUGAGGACGACUCUGGACUCAUGUCGCGCGAGCUGAGCUACCGUAUGUUUGGUGACUCGGACGAGGAAGAAGAGGACUCCGCUCCGCAACGCGCUAACAAUUAUCUCGGCAACGAUGAGUACGAAAGUGACGAUAUUGACGAGUUUAUCGUGGAUGACGACGAGGAAGGACGAGAAGGACCACGACGCCGCAGGAAACAGGAACCUAUCCCGGCAUCCAUGCAGGGACCGUCGGUGUAUCAGAUGGGUGAAGCUGAGGAACUUUUCGGAGACAUGGACGGAUUUUUAGAGGCUACGAGUGGAAAAAUUCCCGAGGAAAUGCCUGCAAAGUCGAAGAAGGCCAUCUUGCUGGAGAAAUUCGAGCCCAGUGUGCUGAAGGAGCACAUGAUGACCUCGGACGUUGUCGCUGUGCGUGACAAGGACCUACCAGAACGAUACCAGUAUCUCUUUAAAAACCGCGAGUUCCCGGAUGCAGAGGACCGUGCCGAGGAGUCUGAGUGGAUCAGUGAUUUUAUAAUCAAGAACCUCGAGCGAAGGGGUCAGCGUAGUUCCGCUGCUUCACGUGGUGAGAUCGUGUCAGCCAUUGACACUGUAUUGCGCUUUUACCAUGACGAGAAGCUCGAACCCGCGUUCGUCCAGCGUUACUACAAGGAAUAUUGGAAAGUGGUGGGUCUGCACACAGAAAAUCUGUAUGAGAUUCUGGACCUUGACGUGAAGUGGGACAAGCUGAAUCGUAAGCGGAAGUCGUUCCAGAGCGGUAUCCAGCGUGUGGUCGACUCCUCGAACGCUAAGGAAUCGGCGUUUGUUCGCAAGUGUUAUGAGCAACUAUUUAGCACACCUGAUGAGAAGAUAUACAAGGAUUUGUCGGAAUUCUUUGGACUGGACGCGCUGGAAUCGAGCGGACAGAGCAAGGAGAACUCUGACAAGAAAUACCGCCGCCCAGUCCGUCGCACGUUCUAUCAGAUCUGCACGAAGGCAGGUUUACGUCCGGUGUCUCUGGCGUUUACGAUGAACUCAUCUGUGCUGGGUGGUAUUGUGGCUGGUGUGGAUCACGAAGACACUAUUCGUGACGUUCCGACCCCAGACGAGAGUCCUGGUGUGCUUGCUCAGAAAUACACGACCAAGGAAUUCCCGACAGUGGAUGAUGUGAUGAAGGGAGCCCGCCACAUUGCUGCCAGUAAGGUUGCGGCUGAGCCCAACGUCCGAAAGUGCAUCCGUGAGCUCUAUCGUCAGAACGCGGUUCUGAGCACAGAGGCAACUGCCAAGGGCCGUGAAGAAAUUGACGAGUUCCACUACUGUCACGGCCUGCAGUAUAUUGAGAAGAUGCCGGUCCUCGACGUGUUUGAGGCGGGCGAUUUGUGGCUUAAGAUUUCUCGAGCUGAAAAGGAAGGACUACUGACUACCACAAUCAUUAACGAGAAGGUUCAGGAUUUGAUGGAUCCGCUGGAGCCGAUCUAUCUGUCACCCAACAACGACUCGGACGAGGAGUGGCAAAGCCAACGCCACCUUGUUCUUCAGGAGGCGAUCAACAGCUUCAUGAUCUUGUCGUUUGAAAACGAGCUGAAACGUGAUUUGACAGUGGCGUCUCGCGAUGUGGUCGUGAAGAUGUGCGGAAACGCGCUACGAGAGCGUUUGUCUGUUCGUCCUUAUGAGCCUUCCGAAGGCGUGGAUCCGUUUAUCGUUUCGAUUUGGGUUGAAAGCAGUAUGGAUUCGAUCGCACACAUCGUGGCUCUCGAUGUAAACGGAGAAAUGGUAGACAAGACGGAAGGCUACUGCAAGCGAGAUGUGAACAACAUUGAGAAGCUCUCUGCUACACUGCUGAAGUUCCUGACGGAACACUCACAAACGCAUGUCGUUGUGAUCAAUGUUUCGGCCGGUAUGAAGUGUAUGGACAUGGGUGGAGUGGUUGAUGAGGUACGUCGCCUGUUGGGUCGAGAUGACGCUUCUCGCUUUGGAAACGGAGAUGGACACGACUUCCUGGAUAUUGUGUUCUUGAAAGAUGAUGUCGCGAACAUGUUUAGCCGUUCUAAACGCGCAGAUCAGGAAUUCCCGGAGGAAUCCGAGUAUGUACGUGCUGCUAUUUGUCUCGGACGCUACCUGAGGAAUCCUGCGUCUGAGCUGUGUGCAAUGUGGGGAAAUGUUGCAUUGAAUGAACCAAAUCGCGGUCGCGAGCUGCUGUUCUUGAACGUACAUAUGAUGCAGCACUCCCUUGUGAAGGACCUUCUUCUGAGGGAGUAUGAUCGCGUGUUUGUCCAAGUGAUUAACAAGUAUGGCGUUGACAUCAACCUGCUUGCCAAUCACAAACACACAUCGUACCAACUGCAGUUCAUUUGUGGCCUGGGUCCGGUGAAGGCAGCGUCGGUAUUGGAUAAGGUUCGUGCAAAGAAUUACGUGGAGCGACGGCAGGAGUUGUUAUCGAAGGGUUUUGUGGGGAAAAUUGUGUACCGCAACUGUGCUGGUUUCAUCCGUAUCCGCGAGCGUGAUGCGCUGCGUGAAGCCCCUUUGAACCCCCUGGAUGAUACCCGUAUCCACCCCGAGAGCUACUACAUGGCGGUGAAGAUUUGUGGUGACGCCAACAACAACUCAACCAUCGAUAUGUACGACCCCAAUCACUAUUCGUACGCGGUUGAAGAUACCAUGUACCAGUCAGCGUCUGCGAUUCGAAGCCGGAAUGCUCCUCCUAAUACUCGGCUUGGUGAUGCGGAAAUUCAAGAUGUGCUGUCCGAGCUGGACCUGUCAGCUUAUGCUGGUCGUUUAGAGCUACAAAAGAAGGGGCCAAAGCUGCUGACGCUUGAGUACAUUAAGCGGGAGCUGCGUUACCCUUACUUUGACAAGCGUGCAAAAUACCAGGUACCCAAGAAUGAAGAUCUGUUCUUCUUGCUGAACGGCGAAACGCGGGAGACCCUGCGCAUCGGAAUGAUUGUGCCCGCUACGCUGCUGCACAUGUCGGGCGAUGACUUUGUUCGUGUUCGCUUGCAGAGUGGCAUGCGCUCCAGUUUGCAUCGUGAUCGAUUGCCAGACUACUUGAUGGACGUGCGCCCACAGAGUUUCCCGAAGGGUAUUACGGUUAACGCUAAGAUUCUGGCAAUCCAGGCGGAUCGUGAAGGUCGCUAUGAGCUGCAGCUUGGUUGCAACCGCCGCUCGUUGAUCGACAUGUCGAUGUGCUUCUAUCCAGAGCGGUUCCCUCGGUACACGAACGGGAAGUUAGUUGAGAAUGACAGUAUGGAGCGCGUGGACCGCCUUGUGAACGAGCCCCCUGUUGAAGAAGACAAGACGACGUUUACCCAGGCUACUCGUGUUCCAGGCGCCCAUACGUCAAGACGUAAGAAGCGACAGAUUGCUCACCCCUUGUUCCGCAACAUCAACUGUCAAACGGCGAUGCAGUGUUUGCGCGAACAGCCCGUGGGAGAAGUGGUUAUUCGUCCCAGCACGCUGGGUACUGAUCAUCUUACGCUAACGUGGAAGAUGCUGGAUGGUGUGUACCGUCACUUCGACAUCCAGGAAAAAGACAAACCUUCGGAAGCUCGCAUUGGUCAGACGCUGAUUAUCAAGGAAGAGAAGUACGAAAACAUUGACGAGCUGAUUGCUCGCUUUGUGGACCCCAUGAACAGCUUAGUGGACGAUGUGGUGCGCUACAAAUACUACAAGAACGCGCCGAAGGAGAGCGUCGAAGAGGACUUGAUCAAGCAGAAGAAGGAGCACCCGUCGCGUAUCCCGUACGCUCUUCACGUGUACAGCAAGUUCCCGGGUUGCUUCUCAAUCACGUAUAUCGCUCGUGAAACGCCCCGCAGUUGCCACAUGGAGGUCAAGUCGGGAGGUUACCGGUUCUUUGGCCGUAUUGAAUCAUCCAUCCUACCGACGCUGUCGCAAGCGCUGCAGUUUUUCAAGAUGAAGGCGCUUGUUGCUCCGUCGUCGAAUUCUUCGCGUCCCGACUCCUACCACCAACACGAUAGCAGCAGCGGACCGUUCGCUCAGCGUUCGAGCGCGCCUUAUUCGGGAAGUGGUAGUCGUCCCCGGCAGAGCUCGCGUUGGGAUGAUCGUCGUGGUGGCGAUGCUGGCGGUCGACGUUGGUAAGUGCUUCUGCAACAUACACUAGGAACGCGUAGUAUUCAUUCGAUUUCAGUCGCUCACCAAUGCGCCGUAGUCAACCUCGAAGUGGAAGACCAGACAGUACAAAAUCACGAGCAGAUUGCUUCGUGGUAGACAACAAAAGCCAAGCACAUUCAGAAAAAUAAAAUAAAAAGUCUGUAUAGCGGGUCGAGCAUUGUGUACAUACCAAUUCUAACCCUCACGGUACUGUACAUGCUUGUUUACCGUAAGCUGC